AAAGUAUAAUUUUACACUGUGGAUUAUUCUACUUUGGCACCGGUGGGGUGGGGUUUUGUCAUUGGUGUGUCAGCGACGUUUGGCGAGGUGUGCAUAUGAAGGUGGGAAAAGUGGCUGGAUGUGGGGACGUUCAACUUCGGGCUUUCAGCUGAUGAGGUUGAAUCAUCUGAUGUGAUGAACCAAUAAUUCUAUCUAUUUAUUUUUAUGUAGACUGAGCGUCUGAGGGGAGAAAGAAGGAACAUCUACACAACAACAUACUAGCGCAUUCGACAGACAACCACUCAGUGGAAGCAUCACAGACUACAUACAUACGCUGGUCAGCUUAGCGCAGUCGAUUUUCUGGUUCCUGUUCAUAGAUUCUCGAUCUCGAUAUCCACCCAACGAGUCCGUCAAGAGCCUCGCUUGUGGUACCAUUGGUGUGAUUGCAAUCGUCGAGCCGAACGCUUUCGAUUCUCAACAUGCUGGGCUCGAUCAACUCCAAGUCAUUGACCCGGGUGGACCCCAACACACCCAUCGUACCGAUCAUCGACCCGUCGCGCCCCAGAACGCAAGUCUACAAGGUGCCCGAUCGUCCAGCAAUACCAGCUCCGCCUUACUUGAGUUGCGAUGAAUACGAAAGUCAAUAUUGUCCAGGAUCUGUUCCGAUCGUGAUCGACAACGGAUCCUGUUCCAUUCGCGCCGGGUAUGGAACCAUGUCGACCCCCUAUAUCGAUACCGACAGCGUCGUCUCGCGUUAUCGAGAUCGGAAAACCAACCGAACAAUCAUGCUGGCUGGGACCUGCUCUUACGUCGAUGCCAACUCUCGCUCGAACGCCAGGCCUUUGCAUGAAGAAGGCGUGGUCUGUAAUUACGAUAGUAUGGAAAUGAUGUUGGACUAUAUUUUCUUGAAAUUAGGCGUCAAUGACGAUGUAGUACGGCAUCCGAUCCUCAUGACCGAAGCCUUAUGCAAUCCAGUUUAUACUCGGGGACUGAUGUCUGAGCUGCUUUUUGAAACGUAUCAAACUCCCUCGGUUUGUUACGGGAUUGAUUCCCUGUUUUCUUAUCAUGAGACCCACCAUGACAUCCCACAAGACCAGCAAACAUCUCUGGUCAUCUCGUCGUCACACUCCAGCACAACCAUCAUACCCAUCGUCUCUGGCGUCCCUCACAUUGCCCAAUCUCGCCGAUUGAAUUGGGGCGGUCUUCAAGAAUCAGAAUUCUUACUCCGGCUCAUGCAAGUCAAAUAUUCAACCUUCCCGAGUCGGAUGACCCCGUUCCAAGCAUUCGAUUUGGUUCAAGAUCAUUGUCUGUUUUCUGCCGAAGCCUUUCAAGAUGACAUUCGAAAGUUCAACGAUCCUGAUUUCAUGGCAGAAGCGAAUCGAGUCAUCCAAUUUCCAUUCAGUACUGUUGAAGUUAAUGAAAAAACCGAAGCAGAAUUGACUCUUCAAGCAGAAAAAAAACGACAAUCUGGCUUGAGGCUUCAGGAACAAACAGCUCGAAUCAGAAUGGAGAAGCUCUUACAAAAAGAAGCUGAUCUGGAAGCUUUUCAACUAAUUCAAUCCUGGAAGGCAAAGGAAAGUAAAACGAAAUAUUCGGAACGACUUUCUCUAGAAGGAUUCGAUAACGAGGAAGAAUUGGAAGCCCUGAUCAAAAAAACACAACUUCAAUUGAAGAAAGCGAGAAAUAAAGAUUUGGGAAUCGAUGAAGAAGCCGAGAAGGGUGAACCAAGCUUCCCCUUAGUAGAUGUGCCUGAUCAUCAAUUAGACGAAGAAGGCCUCAAAGAAAAGCGGAGGCAGAAGCUCAUGAAAGCUGGACAUGAUGCCCGUGAGCGAGCAAAAGCCGAGCGUGAAGCCGAAAAGUCUCGACAAGCGGAGAUAGAACGGAGAGAUAAAGAAGAUAGACUGUCUAACCCUGAAGCGUGGUUGGCAAAAGUUCGAGCACAAUAUGAGACUCUGUUGGUGAAGAUCAAAGAAAGGAAGAAACGAAGGACUCAACUUUCGGAUCGGAAGUCGCUGGCUGCUCAACAGCGAAUGAAAACGAUUGCCAAUUUGGCCAGCGAUCAAGUCCCCGGAAAGACCGUCAACGGAAACAAAAAGAGGAAGAAGACCAAUGACGAUAACUUCGGCGCAGAUGAUGCGGAUUGGGCUGUUUAUCGAGACGUGGUCGGAGCAGAUGAAUCGGCCGAUGAAGAGGAUGAUUUGUUGGAGUUGAUCACCGUCGAGAAGCAACUACUAGAGCAUGAUGAUUCGUUUACGAUUGAGCAUACACGCGAGCGACAAAAACUCAAGCGGCACUGUCUGAUGAAUGCAUUUUACAAGGGGAUUUCUCCCAGCAAGGAUGAUUCCAGCACAAUCAUGGCAGCCUUGGACACCGAAGGGAACGCCGAACAGAGCGCCCGGUUGCACAUCAAUAUCGAGCGGAUCCGUGUGCCUGAGCCUCUCUAUCAACCAUUGCUUGCCGGGGUCGACCAGGCUGGCUUGGUCGAGGUGGUCCAGUACGUGCUGAAAGAGUUUAGUCAAGACGUUCAGGACCAAUUGACACGACAUAUCUAUCUAACAGGGGGACAUAUCACCCUGCCCAAUUUCGAUGUCCGCCUCUGGAACUCAUUACGGCCGAUCCUCCCGAUGGACUCGCCCUGCAACAUCUUCCGGCCAAGCCUACCGAGCCAAGAGAUCAGACUCUUGCCCUGGAAGGGGAUGGCACGGUUUUCGGCUAGCCCCGAGUUCCGCCAGGCUUCGAUCUCCAAACAGGACUAUCUCGAAUGCGGCAACGAAUAUCUCAAGGAACAUCGGCUCGGUAAUAAGUUGACCUUUUGA